CAAUCUACAGGUUCCGGGGGUGGUCCGAGCGCUUCCGCCGCGGUCCACUCCGGGGCAAAAGGAUAAUAUGAUUGGUCAAGACGGUAAAGCAUCUAAAACAAAUCGCAAACGUCAACACCAAAAAACGACCCAUUUUGAUGAAGCAGGAAUCUUCAUGAAGACUAAUUUAUACCUUGCCAUAUCAUUCAAUAUGUCAGCGUCUAUGAGAGUGCUACCAAGAUCAGCCUUGCGUACUUCGAGGCUGACACAAAGCCUUGCCCGCCGACCCUUCCACUCAUACGAUCACCCACCACCACCAGGAGCAUUUGGCAAUGCUGAAAAGUCCAUCCUCGCUGCGGCUUAUAAACACGUCCCGGAACAUGGUUUCUCACAGAAGGCUCUUGGUUGCGGUGCAAGAGACGCUGGCUACCUUGACAUUAGCGCGAGCGUCAUCCCCGACGGUGCCUUUGGUCUGAUUCGAUACCAUCUUAUUACCCAGCGAGAGGCCUUAGCAACUCGAAGCCAAGAACUAUUCCCUGAUCCCAACCAGCCUGGAGUCUCGGCGAGAGUGGAAGCGUUGACGUGGGAGAGACUUAUGGGUAACAAGUUGGUUUUGGAUCGUUGGCAAGAGGCAUUGGCCGUCAUGGCUCAGCCCAGUUACGUCCCCGAAUCCAUAAAGGAGCUGGCAAAACUUUCCGAUGAAAUCUGGUUCCUUGCCGGUGACAAGGCCGUCGACCCUUCGUGGUACACCAAGCGUGCCACCCUCUCUAUGAUAUACAGCACAAGCGAGCUAUUCAUGACCAACGACCGAUCUCCCGAUUUUUUCGAGACAAGGCAAUUCCUUCAGCGAAGACUAGGCGAGGUCAAGUCCGUUGGUGGUAUGGUCGGAUCGUUCGGUCAGUGGGCCGGUUACACACUCAGCGCUGGUGUGAAUAUACUAAGGAGCAAGGGCGUCAGAGUUUAAGGGGACUGGCCAGAAAUGAAGAUAUAGUUGUAGAAUAAUGUAUGAGUCGUGUGUAACAUAUCUAUGAAUAGAGGCCUCAGCAGGCGCAUGU